GGAAUUCUGGGAAGUGAGGGGCAACCCUUCUCUGUGUCGGCAGAAAGAUUCCGCAAAGAGUUCUAAGUUAUUAUGUGAAAGCGAGCUGAAACGUGGAGCCGCUUUUCUAGGGUUUCCGGGAGGAGGCGCUCUUUUCCUUAUUCUCGAGCCACUUAGGCCACGGUCUGCAUACAGGCAUCUCAUUCGGCUGCUCUUGGCUCCGAACCACAGAGAACCGCUCGCAUUCGAGUCAGAAUCGUCAUGGGCAUGGGCUGUCCCUUUCACUGCGCCGGAAAUCGUGCUACUUCUACAUUACCAACCGCAAGCAAGAUGCAGGGGAAAGACAGUACAACUUCCCAACAAAAACGUGGAGAAAAAUCAAAAAUAUACAGUCUAGCCGAAGAACAUCAAGACGAAAAUGAGCUACAAGAAGACCAUCUGAGUUUGAAGAUUCUUGCGACAGCUGUCAGUGUUCUCACUUCACCACCAGCAAACCUACUUUGGAUAAGCUUAAAAAAGAUAUUGCUCAGCAAAGACCCUGCACUUUGGGCAGCUGUGAAGCACAACAUCAAACUAAAACAGGAACCUCCAGAGGAAAUAUCGUCUCUUCGAGAUUUCGUCCCCUCUGAUGAUAAUGAGAUUCUGGAAGAAAUCUUUAUAGAAGCGGUUGAUUUCAUAGCCCAGAGAUACGGUUCUUCUGAAGACAAACUUUUGGAAAACAUUGGUCGUGCUGUGGCUUCCAUGUGCUUAACAUGGUUUCGUAAAGCACUUAGAUUCCUGGGAAACACUGUGGAAGAAAUGUGGCUCAGCGUAGAAAAUGUGCGAGUUGCCUCAUGUGAAGAAAGAAGCUCUCUGAGAGUCGAAGCUAUACCUGACGGACCGUUACAGAUUUUGCACCAUCCACAGAAGAAGUACUUUGCACCAACAAUGGUAGGAAUCAUAACUGAAACCGCAAGAAAUCUGCAACAAGUUGAGGUUAUAGUAAAUCUUACUUCCUUGGGAGAUGAGUUUUUAUACCAAGUUACCACUGUCUCCAGCUCGAAGGCAAAGGACACUGAUACUGAAAAAUACAUUGAAAAGUUAUCUCGGUUCCCAAAAGACCUCAGAAUAUCUAUACCGAUUAUGUGCAAGGUGUUCCCUUUCCACAUCAUCCUUGAUCGUGAUAUGCAAAUUGUUCAACUGGGAAAAGGCCUGUUCCGCAUUUUUAAAUCCAAGAUAAGUGAAGGAGAUCGGCACUUCUCUUCAUUUUUCAUCAUCAAGUCUCCAAAAGUUGCAGUGGCAUUCGAUGACGUUGCCCAACUUUCUAAUGUCACAUUUGUUUUAAUCAUAAAGAUGGUACACGAAACAUUGCAGGGCAUGAACAUUAAAGGCCAGAUGGUAUUAUGCCCGGAAUCACAAUCUUUACUUUUUCUGGGUUCUCCUGUCGUCAAAGGAUUAUCGGGACUAGUGGGAAAAGGACUUUACAUGUCUGAUAUACCUGUACAUGAUGCUACAAGAGACAUCAUGUUGGUAGAGGAACAAACAAAAGCCCAAGACGGAUUAAAGAAAAGAAUGGAUAAGCUGAAGAAUUCUAUACAAGAAGCAAGUCAAGCGGUAGAAGAAGAAAGACAAAAAAACGUAGAUUUGUUGCAUUUGAUAUUCCCAGCUGAAGUUGCACGCAAACUUUGGAGAGGUGAAACAGUCAAGGCAGAGCAGAGGGAAAAUGUUACUAUGCUAUUUUCUGAUAUAGUUGGCUUUACAUCUAUCUGCUCGACAGCAACACCUCUUAUGGUUAUUGACCUUCUGAAUAAUCUCUACACUCGAUUCGAUAACUUUUGUGGAGAGUUGGAUGUUUACAAAACGGAAACAAUCGGUGAUGCUUAUUGUGUUGCUGGUGGACUUCACAGAAUGAGCACAACUCAUGCACAGCAAACGGCUUGGAUGGCUUUAAAAAUGAGGGAGGCAGCAGCAGAAGUUACUUCUCCAGACGGAAAACCGCUCCAGAUGCGGAUAGGUAUUCACACAGGUGUGAUUCUAGCAGGAGUUGUGGGAACGAAAAUGCCAAGAUACUGCCUCUUUGGUAAUCAUGUAACAUUGGCAAAUAAGUUCGAAUCUGGCAGCGUUGCCAUGCGUAUUAAUGUUAGCCCUACUACAUUUGAACUUCUGGAAAAGACAAAAACAUUUCUCUUUACUCCUAGAACGAGAGCUGAUCUACCUAAAGGUUUCCCAGAGGACAUAAAAGGCAUACCAUACUUUUUAGAUAACUACAUACAUCCAGAGGUGCCUUUGGCAGCCUCUCUGUCAGAGCAUAUCGCCGCUGCCACGAAGGAAAUUGGCGUACAAUCAGGAUUUGAAUCCAAGUCAUAAUUAAAUUAAAUGUAAUUACUCUCUAGGAAUAUGGGUGGCCAUUAUGUGCAAUGUGUUUCAUAUGACCAAUUACACAUGUCCAAGAACCAAUAACGAUGCAAAGCCUUUAUGUAAAAUCGUCAUCUGAUGACAUUUUAGUCAAUCAAUAUUGUAUAACACGAAGCAUAGAGAAGUUGUGGUAAACUACUAAAUUGUUUCACACGAAGCGAUUUUGUAGAAAACUAUUUUCUAUUUCUUAUACUUUCAUCUUAUUGUACGCUCUGCAUCAAAGAAAAUACCGAUAAAGUAAUCGCAUGUGUUGUUUUGAGAUAAUGUAACGGGAUAAUCAACUGUCAUUAAAAUAAUUAAUAUGUUCAUUGUGAGCUCACAAAACAGAGCAAAUUUUAGAUGUUAAAUAAAAGUGAUGAUUCUGUACUGAAUUUAAAUGUGAAUCUUAAUGUAUCAUCAGUAUUAAAAAUGGUAUUGUGAAAGUUGUCCGAGUAAAGCAUAGUGUAUGGCAAAUUUUGUGAAAUUUUAAUAUGCACGUGUAUGUUGUACUGCUGAAUAAUUAAAGCAAUUCUAAUGUUA